GACAACAACAAUUCGAAAAGUCACACGCGGAAAGAAGGAAAACGGAGUCUAGUGGAAAAUCGCAGAGUGUAAUUUGCACAAUUUCCAUCAGCGCGGACAAGAUAAUUCAACAAAAAUUAGAAAAUUCAAAAGAAAAGUUAUAAUAAGUGCAUUAGUUUGAAAACCGCCUGACGUUAAGAGAAAAGCUUUCAUUACUAGCCGGUACUGUGAAACCGGCUGUAUAUGUGUGCAGAACCAUAAUAUGCAGUGCAACGAAUUUCGGUUAUGAGGCAAAUGUAGUGAAUUUGGAUGUAUAAAUAUAUUCUGUGUUUCAAAAGUUUCGUAUUAUAAACAGAAGCAUAUGCAGAAGACACCGCUCAAAUUUUGCAUAUUGUGAGAACAUUCAAACAGUCGUUACGAAAUAAAAGCGGGACUUCAGUAGAUGUAUUAUAAUCGGUGAGUUGCAGUUUUUUUAGAGCCGUUAGAAUAUGGCCGAUUAAUGGAAGUGCAGUUACUUUGGCUCUAGAGAUAAAACCACAAAUAAAUUUCGCAAAUUUUUCAUGUUGACAAGAAGUAUGACCGAAAAGUCCGUCAAUAUAUUUUAAACUGAGGUAUUUAAGCCCAAACAUCUAAACACGAGCCAAACUUAAAUUUUAAAACCUAGACUUGUGCGAUAUUCUUAGUAUAGAUAGAGCAAUGUUUGACUAUACAUAUUAAAUAUACACAAAUGUCUGUGAUUUUAGGAGUGUGUUAAAUAUUAUUUGAUAUAAAAUAGCUCUACAUUAAAUCUAGUAUUACGCUGAGAUUGAAAUGGUUGCAGGCAACAUGAAAAUCAUAACACUUACAAAUGUAUCAACUGUGAAAAAUCAACACCUCAGCAAUAAUGUGGUGAAAACUAGUUCCCCAAAUUCGAUAAAUAAAGCAAAUGGUAGCCAACAAGCACCAGGUAACAAUACAAACGAAUCUCCAAAGAUGAGGUAUUUUAAUGGAACUAGCAUAUAUAACCACAAUGACAGCGCUAAGUCGCUGCAGACACCAAAACAAUGCAAUUCAAACAACAAAAAUGUUAAAAAAUCACAAUCUCACAUGUUCUACAACAUUCCAACUACAUCAGUUUUAAAUCGCAAAAAAUACUAUCAGCAACAUCACCGUCAUAACCAACAUCAGCACAAUUUUACAAAUAACAAUAAGGAUAUCAGAAAUAAUAUUGCAAUUAAGAAUCACAAUUCGCUAGAAUCUGAUCCUUCGAAUAUUCCAUGUGUGCAAAAACAAAAUAUACCGAAAGUUGAUAACAGUAAAGUGGAAGAUUUCGUAAAUAAUAAUACAACAUUAAACGUCAACAACAUAUGUAUACCACAUAUUCAUGAUGAUACUUGCGAUGUUACCACCGUUGACAAUUCCAUUGCUCUUUCUUCGCACAGAGCAAAAUCAGAGUUUAAACAACAAGCCUCUCCAACGGAUAACUUUCCAGCCUCAAUACCCGCCGAUAAACAUAAUUGUGUUGGCGAAAACAAAAAUAUUAAUCUCGAUUGCAACAGCUGUUGGACUAAUCUGGUUACACCUCAGUACACUGAAUCUCCGGCUCUGCUGUCAUGGCCAUGGGUACACAUAAGUAGACGUAAGAGUUCUUCCAUCAGUUCAACAUCGUCAUACUCGUCGUCAGUGUCAUCAGCAAUAUCCGCAUCGACCGAAAGUAAUCCUGAAUUGCAACAAAAUAUCGGCGUUACAUACUCCAGUAAUUUGAAUACAUCGAAGAAAAAGUCAUUUCGCAAGGGUAAUACGAAUAAUAAUAAUAACAGAGGUUCCAUAGACACCCGUUAUUUAUCUCCACGUGGAAAGGGUCAAAGGCAACGAAGGACUUCUAACGUAUCGACAAUCACUGAUGAUCCGGAAUCUAAGGUGUCACUAAUUACUGAAAGUCAAAGAAACAUACACCUCGCUGAAGAUUCUACAGCGAUGAGCACUGCGUUGGCUACGAACACAGUUUCUGCCACAGCAACAACAACAAGUACCGUCGAUUCUAAAGUGGAAACAACUAUUGCUGCAGAAAGUACAGAUGCUUUAGUGAAGCCCUCAAGUAGUGUCGUAACACUAACAGUCACUUCUCCUUCGUCAUCUUCUGCCAAGGAAAUAACUAAUAUAGAAGAACUUGCUAAUCUAUCGGUGUCGCCUACACCGCCUGCAAUUCCCACAACCAAUACGCAAUCGUCGGGUGAAAGCUCAAGUUCUUCACUCACUUUGACGACGCCGUCGGGUUCUCCGACGGUAGCUACGCCGGGAUCCUCGCCCUCCAAUUCAUAUUCAUUAGAUUUUUUGCACUCAGUAGGCGUGCAAAUGACAGGUGGCGCAAAUAUAUCAGCGCUCUGCAAAAACAAUCCAAACAAUAACCGCACAAUAACGGCAUUCAAUAGUCAAAAUACAGGUGUAAUGUCACCGGUGCGUACCGCAUACUCUUACCCACUACCCCAAAGGCCGCACCCAAUGCACGGUCGCUAUGCAUCAACCAGUGGUGGAGGGGUUGGAGUUGGUGGCGGUAGCAAUCAUAUGAGGGACCAACGAGGACAUCGUUUCCAGCACCACCAUCAUCAUCAUCCGCAGCAACUUACCAUUGCCUCGUUUAUGCAGAAAGAUCUGUUAAAUGAAAACAUUAUUGGCGGUGGCCAACGAAGUGGUAUCUCUGAGAAUGGCCCAGAAGAAUGUGAUGGUGUCGAUGUUAAUAAUAACAAUGGUGAUUACACAAAUCAACAAUCCUAUCGUAACCAUCAGCGUUGCCAUAACUACUAUCAGUCGCAUUAUCAACAAUCACAGCCACAUCGUUUACCCGGAGUUCAGCAAGGGUAUGUUGCCUUGCAUCCUUCGUUCCAUAGUGAGGUGGAAAACGAUGGCAGUUCUCGUGUAAUUCGGAGCGGAAGUAGUAAUUAUUCGCAGAAUGCCAAACGCAAUAGUAUGUAUCAAAAUCAUCAAAAUAAUGGCGAUGCUACAUCGAACUCAACUCCAUCGCUUCCAAUUCACAAACAUGGUGUUGUAGAAGAGACAGACUGCGGCGAUGGAAGUGUCGUUUCUAGUGACAAUACCAAGGGAAAAAGCGAGAAUAACAAUUUAUGGAGUUCCAAACAAUUUCAUCAGAAGUUAUUGAACUCCAAAAAGUCAAAUUCUGGAUCUAAUGUGUCAUAUUCAUGCUCAUCCUCGUCAUCCACAACGUCAUCAGUUUCUUCUAACUCUUCUCAGGCAUCCACCACUUCUUAUCGCCAACAGAAAGCAAAAUCAUCUACUCAAAUGAAUUUAGUUAUCGAAACCCUUCCAAGGAAGGCGAACAUGUCUGCCCAUCGCAGUAAUCAUAGAUUACAACAAGUCAAUUAUCACAAUCAACAACAUCACCCGCAGCAAUAUACAUCGGCUGCCGGCCUACAGUCAUCUGCCGUGCAACAACCCCAUCAAAAUAUUCAUAAUUUGACCUAUGUCAAUACGGAAGGUCUUACAACACUGUCACACGUUGGCUGGGGCUCAACUACGCCGUCACGUAGCUGUAGUCCUUCAUUGCCUCCGCCUGUAGCUAGCACAUCGGGAAUUCAAUCGCAAGAUCCUAUUUCAUCUGUGGUGCUUUCAUAUACCCCUAAUCAUUAUCAAACGCAACAGCAGAGUUUUGUAUGUGGGAAACGCUUGACUACACCGUUUGCCAUGAAUGUGCCUUCUACACAGAUGCAUUCAACAUCCCCGCAUACCGUGGGGAAUAUGAUUUGCUAUACACAACUGAACGAUUCUACUACAUCAUGUGAAUCAAAUCAAACACAGGGUACAAAAAGUCGCGAUUACGAUGACUCGGAUUCUUCGUCGACUAACUCGGCGGUAUUGUCACAGCGUCGAAAUAAGUAUCAACAAGUAAAAUCCAUAUCCCUCUCGUCUUCGUCGUCAACAUCCUCCACAUCUUCGUCGACAACAAGAAAUUUAAAUGGACCAGUGCAAGCGUUAUCUGUCAUUGCCAUGCCACAUUUGCAAAGCCCGGAACCUACCGAAUUUGGUUAUAAUCCAGCAUUUGCUUCAACAUCUCAACAUUACACGCCUCAGGCGCAGCCAUUAACAUCGCCACAACAGCAAUCGCCGUUCCGUAGUAAUGGAGUUAUAUCAAUGUUGAAUGUACCGUUCGCUAAUACUUAUACGGAUGAUAAUUUGAAUUCUAUGAAGCAACAACCGCUAAAACACCAAGGCAUACAACACCAGCAACGGCACUUUUAUUUUGCAUCCGGUGAGCAUAUAAAUGCUACCCCUUUGUCAGCCCAUGUCCCGAACGGUGGUUAUUGGAGUCCCAUACAGCAUUCCAACUUCAUAUACCCUCAGCCUGCCAAUUUCCUGGCAACUGCACCUUGCGCCACUCCGACUGCAACACUGUCACCAGGCUUCAGCGAACACGACGAUCACCAUUUUCACCAUUUACACAGCCAACAACAACUGAACAUUGUUAACCAAACAGAAGGAGUGCCGUCAGCAGGCCAAAUGAAGCGCAGUUCAACUCCACAAAUGAGUGGCGCCGCCGUCAUAUCACAACAACCGCAUCAGCAACACCGCCUUCCACAGGCCACUGUAUCACAAGGUGGCAUGGUAACUAGUGCUACAAAUGUAGGUUCAUUACGUCAACGCAAUGGCGGUCGUAGUAGUCAACAACAAACACUGCAUCAGCAUCAACAAAUGGCUGCUCCGCCACCAACUCCUAUCUCACAUGUUUACCCACAGCAUAAUCUGCUCUUUAGUGGUCCGACGACUCACAUUCGUUCUUCGUCAAAUACUUCGCAUGAAUUUUUCACGCACACACCGCCUGACCGGUUUUUGGCACGAGCACAUCUUAUAGAAGCUAAAGAGGCUCCAAGCUCAUUAUUGAAUAACUCUAAAUGGGACAAUCUAUCGCAAGGUGUCUGGAACAAAUUUAUAAACUCCCAACAAACGGAGGAGACCUUCAAACAGAAAAUGCGCUUGUGGCGCUAUCUUUAUAUUAUUAUCAAGAACACUUAUCCGCGUUUUGGUCUAUAUCUGGUCGGAUCUACUAUUUCCGGAUUUGGGGCAGAUACUUCGGAUGUAGAUAUGUGUUUGGUGUCCCGCAGUACGUCAAAUGUUGAACCUCGCAUGGAAGCACUUUUCAACUUAACUGUUCUGCGAGAUUAUCUCAGCAAAUCAGCCGAGUUCGAAAAUUUCAACCUCAUCGAAGCAAAAGUGCCAAUAUUACGCUUCAGAGAUUGCAUUCAUCAACUGGAAGUGGAUUUAAACUUCAACAACUGUGUAGGAAUCAAGAACACACAUUUAUUAUAUUGCUAUUCACAGCUUGAUUGGCGUUUACGACCAAUGGUCCUAGUUACAAAACUGUGGGCCCAAUAUCAUAAUAUUAAUAAUGCCAAAAACAUGACAAUAUCCAGCUAUUCUUUGGUUCUUAUGGUAAUACACUUCCUGCAGUACGCAGUCAGUCCAGCAGUACUUCCGUGUUUACAUGAUUUGUUCCCUGAUAAAUUUCCAUUGCUGCGAUCUAAUGACUUUGGAUACGUGGAUAUGAACGAAACAAUUGGUCCAUAUGAAUCCAAAAACACCCAAACGAUCGGUGAACUUUUCCUCUAUUUUCUAGAGUACUACAGUUGUUUUGAUUACACACAAUUUGCCAUUUCUGUACGUACUGGUGGUAUCCUGCCAAUAAAUGUGUGCCGCCUGGCGAAGUCAUCGAAAAAUGAUAUACACCAAUGGAAGGAACUCUGCAUUGAAGAACCAUUUGAUUUAACAAAUACAGCGAGAUCGGUGUAUGAUUUCGAAACUUUUGAACGAGUCAAAGCAGUAUUUGUGGCUUCUUGGCGAAUAUUACAGCAAACACUAGAUUUGAAUUCGAUUUUUGCACCAAUUAUUAUACCGUCAUCAAACAGUAUUUCCUCCACGUUGAGACACGCGGGCUUCCAGUAUGAUGACUGCAAUAAUAGCACCCCUUCAGAAGUUUCUACCAGUGACCCCAACAACAUAAAUAUAAAUGCGAAUGGGUCUACAAUACUUUUGGGUUCAGACAAUAGUGCGAAUGUGUCUCCUGCUACUUCAUUGUCAUCGUUACCAACAGAGCCGAACAACAACAACAACAACAAUCAUAUAACAAAGGAAAUAUUUAACAAUGCGAACGGAAAAAAUAAUUCUGUUGGAGGUUCUCUAACAGAGCUGGUUUCUUGAGUUAUUACACACCAAAACGGAUUAUUUUUUCAUGUGUGGCGUAAUGCACAUCAAAAUCAAACAUGCAUAAUUAAAUAAACGUUAUUUUAAAAUAUGCUAAGCAUAAGGAACCUCGCAACACCAGCAAUGAGUAAAAAAAAAGUAUUUGAGAUUGAAAGUUGCAUAUUUGCCGCUUAAGUUAAUUCGAUUAUUGAAAUAUUCCAACGCAACAAUACAUAAUAAACAAAAAAUGAAGUCCAAACUGAAGUAGAAUGAAGCGCAAAAUAUAUAAAACAAAGUCUCGUUAAAUAAAUGAAAAAGCAAUUCCAUAAAAAUUAUGUUAAUAUAUUAAGAUGUAUCCAUUAUUGGACCGAAACUCACCACCUCAAUUACCAAUAAAUAAUAAUAAACACUCAAAUAAAAAUAAUAAAAAAUAUGGAAUUAUGGAAAUAUGGAAAUAUAACUCGCAAUAAAAUAAAUAAACAAAAAGAAACACUAACAAAUAAUGUCGAUGAGCAAUCGAAUGUAACAAAUUACCUGGAUGAAAAAAUAGUGUUCCAAUAUUAUUGUAUUUGUAUCUGUCUAAUGUUAAGUAUCUAAUUUUAAAAGCGAAAACAAAAAUGUAAAAAAAAUAUUAAAAAGUAGAAAAAAGGAAAGCAAAAAAUGAGUAAUUUGAAGAAUUUUUGUACCAAAAUGGAAAAUUAUAAAAAAAGUAUAUAUAUAUAUUUACACAAUGUAAUGUAUUGUAGCACUUAAAGAAGAAAAAACAAUAAUCUAAAUAGUUAAAUAAAGUAUCAAUUGUAAUGGCAGUGCAUGGUCGUGAACUUGGCCCUUACGCAUUCUGCCCACUGGCACAGGCAAAAUAAAGAAAUAGUAUAUCAACUGCCUUCUGCAAUUAACUUAACUGAAAAUACGUAAAGUUUGCGAAUGUUCAAAGUGAAAUGGAGGCAAAAUGUCACGCCAAUGCACUGUCAAGAGACGAGUUCAUUUGAGCCGUCUUAAAUAUUCUGUACACCUUCCAUGAAGGUCUUAGAUUAAUUUAUAUCACAUUACACCAAGUAGCCUUAAACAAACACUCCUUCAGGAUUAAAUGAGUUCAGAAUUAGAGAAAGCAAACGAUAGAUAGAUUAGCUUCCGGUGCUAAAUUUCAAAUUGUUUCACGAAAGAUGUGCAGAUCGUGUUGUCAGAAGGAAGUUCAAAGGUUUUCUAAAAGCCGUGAAAAUUAACACUACAAUUGUUUAAACAAAUCAAAUUUGCAGUUAUGUACAAAACGAUUUCUUAGAAGGCACAUUAAACGAACAAAAAAACACGAUUAUUAGAUUCCGGCAUAACUUGAAAUAACAUACAAAAAUACAUUUAAAUAAUGGAAAAGUAUAUAUGUAAUGCAUAACUGCAAAACAGGGGAAAGCCAAGCCUUAUUACUUGUGAUUGUAUGUAUUUGUUAGGCAAAAACUUUAAUGCUAGUAAUUUUACACAUUGUUUGCCUUUUUUUUUGUUUUUUGUUUACAUAUGUAUAUGCGGAAAACCGGUCGGUCAAUUGCUUAUAUUUUGCUGCACAUCUUUUAAAUACUUUAUACACUCAGUGUGAAUUUGCACAAUUGUACAAUCGCCAUUAUUGUCACGUUUUGUAUAUGACCUUUUAUAAAAGGCGAAGUAAUUAAUAAUCGGAAAAUUUGUUGCGAAAAUCGGUGGCAUAGCUUUUACACAAGAUAUUUUCAAAAGAAAAAUUCUCAAAUGUAAAUUUAAAUUAUCAAUCAGUUUACACACACACACACAAGCACCACUUCAUCAAAAGCUAAACAUACCUACCCCUCAUCUCUCCACCCACCAUAAUUUUCCAACUAUCUCUUGUAACAUUUUCCAGCUCUACACUCCCAUACUUCCAUACAUAAACACCCAAACUUCACUUCGCCUAACAAUAGAGGGAAAAUGCUUAACAUCGCUCUGACACUUGUAUUAUUAUAAGUUUGUAACUAUGUAACCAUUGAUAGAGUCGACAGAGGAUGAAAACAUAUAAUAAAUGCAUUGUUCCAAUCUAACAAGAGCAAACUAAAGCAAA